AUGUUGCUAUCGCGCUCUGGCUCGCGUACUGCAUCUAUCUAUAGCUGCUAUCUCCAAUCAUUUGCCUUCCUCAUCAUGCCCAACAUCUCCGAGCAAGUAAACCAGGUCGAACAAGCUUUAGAAACGAAAGCUGGCGGUGCCGCCGGAAUCCUGGACGACCCAACUCAAGACUCAAGCCUUAGAUACGCAGCAUACGCUAAUAGGUUUCGGACAAUUCUUCUUGCCUCUCAUCGGUAUGUUGCCUAUACUUCUGAUAUUGGUGAGUCUUUUCGUCCUGUUGCCCACCCAUACCUUGUGAAGCUUGGUUAUGGAGUGUCGUGGCUUUAUAUCAUUGGGGAUGUGCUGUAUCUGUCAUGGAAGGCAAAGAUGAAAGCAGAAGGUCGGUACACCGCUGACUUGAAACCAUGGAAUUUUCCAUACCCUCCAGCAAAUCCUGUGGCAGCCCAGAUCUACCGAGAUGGUGCCAGCGAUAAGCUUGUAGACACCGACUGGCGGUUGGUGGGACUCAAACGAGGCAUUUUCCAGUCCAUUGCAUCGAUGGGACUUCCCGCUUUCACGAUCCAUUCUGCUGUGCGGUACUCGUCGCUUAUGUUUAAGAACACUAAAAUCAAACAAUUGCGUACGUAUGGACCCGUGGGCGUGGGGUUGGGUAUAGUUCCGCUUUUGCCAUAUGUAUUUGACGAGCCGGUGGAAAUGGUGGUCGAUUGGGUUUUCGACAAGGGCGAGGAGAUGUUUAGAGAGAAAUAG